AUGAAGAGGCGGCACGUUGUCUGAUGAUGGAGAGAGGGGGAGAAGUGGAGCUUAGCGUACGGCGCCAUAUUGCACUCAGAUGACACCACAAUAAGACGAAAUCACAAUUUUGCCAUUCUCUGCCCAUUUCAUCUUUCACUAAAUUUAUCUUUUUCGUUCAACUUGUAAUUGUAACGGAGCAAUUAUAAUAAUAAUAAUAAAAAAAGAAAAUCGUAACGGAGCAAAGCACACCACAUUCAAACUCUGCAGCUGUAUUUAUAUGCAUAUCCGUCUUACUCAUAUAUUUAACUUAAGCUAGAAAUCUGGGUGAAUUUAGUUCCCGAUGAUGGACAAAAAGAUUGAGUUGGUUAUAACUAUCUGGCCAGCAGCAUUCAAUGUUUCUUGUUUCUUCUUCCAAUUCUGUUAUUAAAUUUUUGUUUUUAACCGAAGCUACUAAAUUGGGGGUUGCAGAUUUAGAGGGACUAUUGUAAGAAGAUGAAUACGAGAGUCAGAACAAGAUUGCAGUCCAAGAAUGUUCCACUCAAGCCUGAAAAAGAAAAUGUGGAACUAAAGGGAAACAAACAAAGAAAUGGUACUAAAGCAGCUAAAACUCGACAAGCAUUGAGCAGAGAAAAGAAAUUAUCAUUGCAGCAAGAUGUUGAUAAACUGAAGAAAAAGUUGAGAUAUGAAGAGAAUGUGCACAGAGCUUUGGAGAGAGCUUUCAACAGACCUUUGGGAGCUUUACCCCGGCUGCCUCCUUAUCUGCCUGCACCUACACUAGAGCUUCUUGCAGAAGUAGCUGUCUUGGAAGAAGAGGUUGUUAGGCUUGAAGAACAGGUUGUGCAUUUUAGGCAGGACUUAUAUCAAGAAGCUGUUUACAUUUCAAGCUCCAAGAGAUAUGUCCAAAGUUUUGCUGAUUUAUAUGACUUAUCACCCAAUAAGAAUCCGAAACAUGAAAAUAUAAAGACCACUGCUAAAAGAAUAGGUGAAUCGACCACAUCCACAGUUACCCACUCGCGAUCUCUCUCAGUGGAUGGACAGGGAAAAGAGAAUCAAUUGUGUGCUAAUUCUAUGAAGAGUAACAAAAGUUCCUCAAUCCAUGAAGCUCAAACAAGCAAAAUGCCGGUGAAAAGACCGCCAUUUGAAAAUAAACCAGCUGAGAAGCAUUUACAUCCACAGAAAUUGCAGCUUGAAUGUAGAGCAGUAGGCUACGAUAAUGCAGAAGCAAGAAAUCGUGGUAUUGGAGAUGAGCAUCUAUCAGGGGAUAAUUAUCCAAACAAGAUUUCGGAGGACCUUGUGAGAUGCUUGUCAAACAUUUUCUUAAGAAUGAGCUCAAGGAAGACCAGACGAACUGCAGAGAAUCUGCCUUUUUUAUCGACAUUAGUUUCUCUAGAAAAUGAUGAAGAAAUUGAACGUAGAGAUCCUUAUGGUAUAUGUUCAGAAUUUGGGAAGAAAGACGUUGGUCCGUAUAAAGGUUUAUAUGCUAUUGAAGCUAGAACAAUCAAUCCGAAUCGAACAUCAAACUCUCUCUUUCUACUUCAUAGGCUAAAACUUUUACUUGGAAAACUCGUGUCCGUCAACUUACAGAACCUUACCCAUCAAGAGAAGCUUGCGUUCUGGAUAAACAUUUACAAUUCCUGCAUGAUGAAUGCAUUUCUAGAACACGGUAUACCAGAAAGUCCCGAGAUGAUUGUUGCACUAAUGCAAAAGGCAACAAUAAAUGUUGGGGGUCACUCAUUAAGUGCAAUAACUAUUGAACAUUUCAUCCUCCGACUGCCUUAUCACUUAAAAUAUGCCUUUUCGAAGGGAGCCAAAAAUGACGAAAUGACAGCAAGGUGCAAAUUCGGAUUGGAGUUAUCCGAACCAUUAGUUACAUUUGCCCUUUCCUGUGGAAGUUGGUCCUCCCCUGCUGUGAGAGUGUACACUGCAUCUCAAGUUGAAAAUGAACUGAACGCAGCAAAAAGAGAUUAUUUGCAGGCUGCAGUUGGGAUUUCAUCAAGGAAAUUUGCAAUUCCAAAGUUAUUGGAUUGGUAUUUACUCGAUUUCGCAAAAGACUUAGAGUCACUGCUGGACUGGAUCUGCCUGCAGUUACCAAGUGAGCUGGGGAAAGAAGCAAUUAAGUGCCUUGAGAGAGGUAAAAGCGAGCCUCAUUUGCAGUUUGUUCAAAUUAUGCCAUAUGAGUUCAGUUUUAGAUACCUUUUGUAUACAUAAUAAAUUUCAUCACCAUUUUUGCUUCUUACAUGAUCUGGGGGGAAGUUGUGAGUAUCAAUUUUGUACAAAGAUAUAGGAAAUUUACAUUUAUCAUAACUAAAUGUAAUAUUUUAUCUUGAUGUAAGUAUUUGGAUAAAAAUAAAUACAUCUCAUGUUGCCAUUCUGCCUGAAA